AUUUUAGUCAGUUAUCACCGAGACGCACCUAUAACAGCACUGCCAGUGAUUGUUGGUACAAUUCAACAUAUUUUUUUUCCCGGGAGAUUAAUUGGGUUUCUUAUAAAACAAGUGGCGGUUGUAAAUGUUGAAUACAAGUGCUAGCAAUAAAACAAAAAGGAACCUUCAAUUAGUACAAUUGAUAAGCCAUUUACCGGGGUUUGCAGUUACUAUAUAAUACGGUUGUCGAAUGGUUCUCAUUUCGCUCUAUUACCAUAUCAGAUUAGAGGCGAAAAAGCUUUUAUAAACUUUCGUUUAUUUAGAACAGGACUAUGCGAAUCUGCUCAAAAGGUUCGUCAUUCGCGGUUAAUCAGUGUAAGCGCACAAUCGUGACAGGUCGAUUAGGAGCAGAGCGCCGCCGGUGUGUCUAAUGUGUUAUCAAGGAAAGCAAUUUUACUGGAAAGAUUUUGUUUGUGCUGAAAGGUGUUAGGAAUCGCUACUAUUAAAGAUUGUUUUAUAAUCAGAACAAUUAAAACAGGGAUUCGUUGUGUUAUUUACUGUAAAUUACAAUAUUGUGUUCGGGAUCAAACUGUUUGUGUUUUUAACGAAAGUGUUCGAACCAAGGCAUAAACAAUGGUCAAACAGAUAACGGAAAAUCCGUACGGUCAGUUCUCGACCGAAGAUUACACGGUGUUUGCGGUGAUGUUAAGUGUAUCGGCGGCAAUUGGCGUCUACUUUGGUUUCUUCCAGGGGAAGAAACAGCAGACCACCGAGGAUUAUCUUCUUGGUGGCCGGCAAAUGCGAACGUUUCCGAUCGCGGUUUCGCUGAUUGCCAGCCAGCUGUCAGGUGUCUCCAUCAUGUCUGUCCCGGCGGAAAUGUACUCAUACGGCGCCCAGUACUGGAUCAUCGCACCAACGAUGCUCUUUAUCGUGUUGAUCAUCAAUUACGUAUUUGUGCCUGUUUUCUACAAUAAUCAAAUCGUCAAUUGCUACCAGUACUUGGAAGACCGUUUCAGCUCUUCGGUGAAAAAGUUUGUCACUGCCACGUACGUUUUGAACAUCUACCUGAUCCUGCCGAUUUUCAUCUUCAUCCCUUCGUUGGCUUUCGCACAGGUCACGGGUACCAACGUUCAUUUAACAAAUGGAAUCGUUUGCUGUGUGUGCGUUUUCUACACUAUGCUCGGAGGCAUCAAGGCCGUCGUGUGGACGGAUGUAGUGCAAGGGCUUAUCAUGUUCGCGUCAUGCUUCCUAGUGGUGGCGAUCGGCGUGUACAAAGUCGGCGGUCUCUCUGAGGUAUUCGCGCGAGCUGCCACCGGAAAUAGGCUUCAGUUAUUCGACAUGAAUCCUGAUUUCACGGCGCGACAGACAUUCUGGACUGCCAGCGUAGGGAAUAUAUUUCUGUGGACCGGUUAUCUCGGAUUGAAUCAAAGUUGCGUCCAGAGAAUGGUGGCAGUUCCCAGUGUUAAGCAUGCACGUUCAGCGUUAUGGAUUUUUUGUGCAGGAUUCAUCAUUAUCACCAGUUUGAACUGCUUCACUGGAGUGGUUAUUUUCGCCAAGUACUUCGACUGUGACCCAAUUAAAGUGAAGUUGGUGGAGAAAGCUGAUAAGCUUUUACCGUUUUUCGUUCAAGAUGUGGUGGGCAAUCUAAAAGGAAUGCCCGGCGUGUUUAUUUCGUGUGUGUUCAGCGCUGGAUUAAGCACGAUGUCGGCCAAUCUUAACUCGCUUGCCGGUAUAAUUUACGAGGAUUAUGUUCGACCGUUCAAACUGUUCAAGCAUUCCGAUGCUUCCGCGAAUUUCACCAUGAAGGUAUUGAUCCUGUUCAGUGGAUUGUAUUGCAUCGUGAUGGGUUUGGUGGUCGAACAGUUUGGUCAUCUGCUGCAGAUGGUCGUAACCAUCGCAAGUGUCACGCAGGGGGCCGUGAUGGGCAUAUUUUGUCUGGGCAUGCUUUGGCCAUGGGCAAACAAACACGGAGCUCUAUGGGGGUCGGCGGCUAGUGUGAUUGGUGUCUCGUGGAUCAUCGUUGGAGGAGCUCUCACAAAAGGAGCCCUCACAUAUCCACCAAAGCUCACAAGUGUGGACGGAUGCGCUGACUAUGGCUUCAAUGUGACGCAAACAUCUGCACAGCAGGUGUUUCAGACGACCGAUUCUGGGUUUUCUAUUUAUAAGAUCUCAUUCGUGUGGUACUCGACGGUCGGCACACUGCUGGUGUUCUUGGUUGGCAUUCCCGUUAGUUACCUCACAGGUUCAAAGCAUCUGAAUCAAAUGUGUCCAAAACUGAUAUCCCCCGUCGCACAUUGGAUGCUGCCCAACGAGAUGACCGAUAGAGAACUUACCGCCAGCGAAACCGACGAUGAAAAAAUCAACGACAUUCACGUUAAACGGUGGAUUUUACCCGCGUCAGAAAAACACGAACAGAAAAAAAGUGAUAGAGUUGACGAACAUAUUUUAUGAAACACCAUUAUUUCUGGAAGGUAUCAUUCAUUUCUUAAUGUACUGUGCAAUUGUUAUUAAUAAGUGUUUCGAUACGAUUAACGAUACAGUAAAGACAAAAACAUAGCAAUAUUAUGUUAAAAAAAAUCACGGAGUUGAAUUGUCCGUGAAAACUGUUCUUCAUCUCGAUGCAAUAUCAUAAUUAAACUCACUAUUAUUUAUAUAUAUUUUAUGAGCCAUAUGUUUUAGUAUCGGGUUCAACAGUUAAGCAUUCGUAGCUUCUACGUUGAACUAUUCUCUUGAGGCUAAAAACGUAUAAUAUGGAUUGUCAGAAGAUAUUACGUUUAUAACUUGUACUGUCCUUAUUAUGUUCGUUUUUGAUCGUAUAAUAUUAGAAAUAUGGCCGGGAGAUUGUGUGACAAUAACCCAAAAGUACAAAUAACGAGAAAU